AUGCCAAAGCCACGUGAUCAGAAGGAAAGACUUGUUUGUAUACCUAAAAGUGUUCUUGAAGCUAAAGCCAUGGAAGCUGAAAAGGUGAAGAGGAAGCUCGAAAUGGAUAAUGAGAAUGAAAAUGGUGGAGCGGGUGUUUAUUCUGCAAGUUUGAAGAAACAUUAUCUUUUAGUUGAUGAUAAAUGGAAGGAAGAUAACAUGUCUGAAAUCCUCGAUGGGCAUAACGCGUUUAAUUUUAUUGAUCAGGAUAUUCUACAGAGGCUUGAGGAAUUGGAGAAAGAAGAAGGGCUUCUUCAAGAACAGGGAGAUGGAGAAGAUGAAGAAAUGGAAGGUGAGGAUUUAACUCCAGAACAACAGCAAGAGCUUAACGAAAUCAGGAAAAAGAAAAGGUCAAAUAAAAAGAUGAAGAUAAGGUCAAAGUCAAGGUCAAUGUCAAGGUCAAGGUCAAUAUCAAGGCCACCUGUGCAUGAAUUGGUUCCGGAUGAAGGGUAUAAGGACUCAGCUCAAAAGUUGAAGGCAUUUAAAAUGGGAAAGAGUUCAGUUCACAAGAGGCAUAAGGCUGCUAAAAAGAAUGAGGGAGAUAGAGUCAUUCUGACAUUGAAUUUGCUUUUCAGAUAG